AUGGUACUCGCCGUGUCUGCCAGAGCGCGAGUUCUCUGGGGCCAUGCGCCGAGAGUGCGGUCCGCCGUCCUCGUGCGCCGCUCCUUUGCCACUGUUUCGGAUCCCUACGACGUAGUCGUCAUCGGAGGCGGUCAUGCUGGUUGCGAGGCCUCAGCCGCGGCUGCUCGCACUGGCGCAAGAACAGCACUGGUCACACCAUCCGUCGAAAACCUUGGAGUCUGCUCCUGCAAUCCUUCAUUCGGUGGAAUCGGCAAAGGAACAAUGCUACGCGAGGUCGACGCUCUGGACGGUUUGGUUGGUCGCAUAGUCGACAAAGCUGGAGUCCAGUUCCGCGUCUUGAACAGGAAGAAGGGUCCGGCAGUGUGGGGUCCUCGUGCGCAGAUCGAUCGAGCGCUGUACAAGAAGCACAUGAAGGAAGAGAUGACAAACUACAAGGGCCUGAGCGUGGUCGAGGGCAAGGUGGCCGACAUAGUGGUUCAACGAGAAGGCAUGACGGACGGCAAGCACGGAAAGAUCACCGGUGUCCGACUAGAGAGCGGCGAGGUGAUUCCGACAAACAACGUCGUCAUUACCACUGGCACCUUCUUAGGCGGUGAGAUCCACAUCGGUCUUGAGGCUUAUCCGUCGGGUCGCAUGGGAGAAGCAGCAACAACAGGCUUGAGCAAAUCUCUACGGGACGCAGGCCUCACACUGGGCAGACUGAAGACGGGCACUCCCCCUCGUCUCGACGCAAAAACCAUUGACUAUACCGGCCUCGAGGUUCAACCUGGCGACGAUCCCCCGAUGCCUUUCAGCUACCUCAAUCCUCGCGUCGCAGUCGAGGAACAACUCAACUGCUGGUCCACCCAUACGAAUCCCGCGACCCACGAUGUUAUCCGCGCGAACCUCCAUAACAGCAUUCACAUUCGUGAAGAAGUCAAGGGUCCGCGCUACUGCCCAUCCCUCGAAAGCAAGGUCAUCCGCUUCCACACAAAAGACGCCCACAUCAUCUGGCUGGAACCCGAAGGCUUCGACAAUGAUGUUAUAUAUCCGAAUGGCAUUUCCAUGACUGUACCCGCAGAGGCACAAGAGGCUAUGCUGAAGACCAUAAAGGGUCUGGAAAAUGUCAAGAUGCUGCAACCCGGCUAUGGAGUCGAGUACGACUACGUAGAUCCUCGUAGCUUGCGUAAGACCCUGGAGACAAAGGCCAUCGGAGGUCUGUUCCUAGCAGGUCAGAUCAAUGGUACCACCGGCUACGAAGAAGCCGCAGCUCAAGGUGUCGUUGCCGGUAUCAAUGCCGGUAACUCUGCUCUGCACAAGCCGCAACUGCACUUGACAAGAGCAGAUGGGUACAUCGGUAUCAUGAUUGAUGACCUGAUCACAAAAGGCGUAUCAGAACCAUACCGCAUGUUUACCUCGCGAUCAGAGUAUCGCAUGUCCGCUCGUGCCGACAAUGCCGACCUCCGUCUGACUGCGAAAGGACGGGAGCACGGCGUCGUGUCGGAUGCACGUUGGUCCCAUUUCUCAUCGCAGAAAUCACAGAUGGACGACCUGAAGACUUUGUUGGAAGGCCACACACUGUCGAGUAGCGUUUGGCAGACUCAUGGCUUCCCUGUUCGCAGCGACAGCAGUAAACGCAGCGCCUUCGACCUCCUGCGCCUCGCGUCUAUUUCUGUCUCCAGCCUUCUUCCUCUAUUACCCGCUAUCGCAAACUUCGACCCGUACAUCAUCUCUCGUAUGGAUAUCGAAGGCACAUACUCUCCCUACGUCACUCAACAGGAAACACAAGCCAGACAUUUCGAAAGAGACGAGCAGCUUUUGCUACCGGCAGACAUUGACUACGAGAACAUUUUCGGAUUGAGCAACGAAGAGAAGCGGGUGCUUAGUGUCACUAGACCUGAGAGUCUAGGACAGGCUAGAAGGAUAGAGGGUGUUACCCCGUCAGGCACACUUCGACUGUUGGCAUACGUGAGAGGUGCGGGAAAGAGGGCAGCUGCUGUUGAUCAGGUGCUUGCAUCUCAGGAGAAAGAGAUUGUCGCAUAA